AUGGCCAUAGCUGUUGAUGACUACUACCAUAUUAAAUUUUUGGGCGAUUACUACAAGGGCCCACUUACCGACAACGGAAUCUACGGUUUUAGACAGGUCAGAACGUUUUCCAAGACUGUCGUUGGAAAUGGUCCAUGGCUGAUUGCUUUUCAAGCGUUUAAUCUUGGUGGUCUUGGAGGUCUUGUUGCUUCCGUUUCGGUUGACGAUAUGCCUUAUUCCGCUACGGGUACUCCUAGUAACAAAUUUCGUAUGGCUCCUGUUAUGCCUGGCGAUGGAUGGGACACGCAAGUCAAUUACCCGGAUAGUCAAUGGAUGAUCCAGACUACCGAUGUCUGCGCCAAUCACGCUAACGAAUGGCACGGAUUCUAUAAUAUAAUUGACGGUGCUACUGCUGGUCAAAUUGCUCGCCCCGUAUGGUUUCCCAACUGUGAUGUAGAUCCUCGAGCUACUGCUCAAACUCCUGUUCCUUUGUGGUUUCGAAUUGUUGUAUAUCCUCCUAAUACGGGCACUCUACAGGGCAAGUUUAAGCGAGGUCUUGGUACUGUCGACAUGUACGCUGCUCCCGCACCUCCUGGACCCAUUGGACCUCCCGUGUAUCCUGGACCUCCUGGACCUUCUGGGCCUCCCGUGUAUCCUGGGCCUCCUGGACCUUCUGGAUUUCCUAAACCUUCUGGAUUUCCUAGACCUGUUGGGCCUCCUGGGCCUCCUGGACCUGUCACUCAGUACCGUUCUGUUGUAGCUAGUGGCGGAUACGUUAAACCUAUGCCCAAUUCCAACAUGGUCAUUGGCUAUUCCGGCACUCACAACACCAACUUUGACAGUAACCAACCCUAUCCAAUUGGUGGACCUGUUGUACCGAUUAAUCGCGCUCCAGCAAUCCAUCAGAUCAAGAUUAUUGUGCUUGUUGAUGACUACUUUGAUAUCUGGAUUGCAGGACAGCGGUUUGAUGGACCACAACGCAAUGAUAACAUUCCUUCUUGGUCACAAAUACGUACUUAUACUAAACAAGUCACUGGUGAUGGUCCUUGGAUUAUUGCUGUCGAUGGUCAAGACAUAGGUUCAAUUGCUGGAUUUUUUGCUACAGUAUAUUUGGAUGGUCGUGAAAUUUCCAGUACUGGAACUGCGACCAAUCAGUUCCGUAUGACAGAUGUUACUCCUUCAGAAGGAUGGCAGGCUGAUCCGUACUUUUUCGAAGGAAGAAUGUUUGCUCGAACUUCAGAGGCCUGCUUCGAUACUGAUUAUUAUUGGAGUUCUAUUGUACCUAAGCUCGAUGUUCAGACUGGAUCCCGUCCCCGUGCCAUGUGGCAUCCUGACUGCUGGAAUAUUGGCAGUACUAGUAACCCUAAACACAUGUAUUUCCGUAUGAUGGUAACAGCCUAUACUUCUGUUAUGGGUAAAGGGUAA